AUGCCAUCUCAAAGCAUCUCUGCCGCAGACCUUCCGGUCGCUCCGGCCAUGGAGCGUUCAGGUCGAGCAGCGGAGCGACACGGCCUACCAGAUGCCCAGCGUACUGGAUACCUCAUCCAGCACUAUAUUGCGGAGCUUGAGUCAUACGUUCAAGUACAGCAAAUGGUCUCCGGGGAGACCAGCUUGAUCAUCCAGGCGCUUGCCGCCGUCAUCACCAACCUCCACAAUAUCAAAAGAAAGGCUGUCAUCACGGCGAAGGACAUCGAACACGUCAUUGCCGCGGUCAAAGAUGCCAUGUCUGCGGCGAAUGCCAGAUCAAAGGCUGCCGGCGUGAAGGAGGCUGGGGCCAAGGGAAAGAUUCGGGCGGAGACCGAGGAUGAGGGACGUCGCUGCAAGGGUGCAAGCACCAAUAUCCCCGCCGCCGCUGCCUUCCUCCAUAUCGUCGACACCCUCGAUAUUGCCUACUACGAGUUGGGAAAGGCUCUUCAGGCGUCUCAGCUCCGAUCUUACCGCACUUUGGAGAGGGAGAAUACCCGGCUUCAAUUGAAUCUCGCAACUCAGGAAGACACGAUUGCUCGUUUGAAGCAAGAGAUUGUGGAGCUUAAGAUAAAGCAGUCCAAGGACAGUUCGUCUGAGGGGAGUUUGAUCAAUCUGCUCGACUAG